AUGAAGCGGCUCAUCCCCUUUUGCUACCUACUAGCCAUCGGAUCAUCUUUGCCGAUACAAGAGACCUGCCAAUACAGUAGCCCAAAUGUGACGAUAACCUGGGAAUUCAAUGCCGCCUCUUCCAGCAUAUAUUUCAGUCUGAAUGCCCAGAGGGCGCAGGAUGACUAUUGGACGGGCAUUUUCUUCCAAAAGUCCGAAGCUGUGAUCGCGUACGUCCAGGGCGGAGAGCCGCGACAAUCCUCUGCACAUCUCGAAGGGGAUGAAGUUAUCCUGGAUGCCGAGCAGCGAGUGGAUUUUGUAUCUGGCACCUCGCCAAGUCUCCAAUCCACCUCUAUCAUUUCUGAAUUCACCAAACGACUUGAUGACUUUGAAGAAGGGGCUUUUGAUGCUGAUGGGUGCUUGACGAUCUCGUUCCCGGGUACGGUACUCCCGAUCUCAUCCACUGGAAACUUGAUUGUUCCGGAAACGCUCUCCCAAUACCGUAUCUGCAACAUCGAGUCAUCCUGCCAGAGUGCCACUGCCUCAAAGGCAUCUGGGGAAAAGGAGCAGAUUUUAGAUAUCGUAAAACGCGACAACUCGGCCAAGGGCCCAGUAUGCAAUUGGAUGGACGGCUCGAACACCGUCCACUGGGAAGCCGUCCCCAACGGCAUCAAGUUCAACAUCCAGGCCGACGUCAAGAAGGGCAAGUACUGGACGGCGAUUGCUGUCGGGGAGAGCAUGGGGAAUUUGAAAAUGGCUGUUGCUUUUACGGAUGGGAACAAGGUGAAGCAGGUCGGAGGUUGGCAACCCCCAGCCAAAGCCAAAGAUCUCAAAGUGACCCUCAACAAGAAGGGUGUGAAGGCGAUCGACAGCAAGCUGAGCUACGAGUUCAUCAUGCCGGCCGACGUCUUCAAGGCGGUGGAUUCUGACGGUUGCCUCACCCUUCAAUUCGGCAUCAACGCCGGGCAGUACGCCGGAAAUUUCCAGAUUCACAAACAUGAGGCCACGCCAACACCGAUGCAGGCAGAAACCGUCGAAGAAGGUUCGGGCGCCGUGGAAGAGGGCUCCGGCGAGCCUAACCAUGAUCCGGUGGUGGCCAGCUCGGCGGCUAAUCCAAAUGUUGCUUCAUCGGUUUCCGCUUCGGCGGCACCGGAAGCACUACUCACCAGUCCGGCUGAGGUGAAAGCGACCACCGAGAAGCCGGCCGAAGUUGUCGUCACGACUGAGCAAAAUUCCGGAGCCGUCUCCCCAUCAUCAUCUGGUGGUGAACUAGGGCCGUUGGACGAGUCGAAGACGUCGGGAUCCGGAUCGAGCACGAGGAUCACCGUCCAUCCAUGCAAACAAGGCCAUACUGAUCUGAGGGUUUGCCAUGGAUACUUUGCUGACUACCUGGGAAAGGUAGAGCAAUGGGCGCAACGGCAUGGCGAGACUGUUGGGGCACAGUUGUGGAAGGCGUGUUCCCUCCUUGCGGGUGUGCAGCAUGUGCCGACAAUGUGCUGCACCGAGUUCCACUCCACUUGCCGCGAGUUCAUCCAGGAUGAA